ACAAUUUUUUCCCUCACAAUUGUCAGACCUUCCAGUAUUUUACUCCGACGAUUCAAAAAAGUAAGGAUUCCAAAUUGAGUUCAAAUUCCUUCGAAGAACAGAAGAAUGAGCCGAAAACUACGCGUAAUUUGCAACGAUCCGGAUGGAACCGAUUCAUCUUCCAGCGAAAACGAAAGAGACGAAGCAAAAUCUUUGAAAUCGAAACGCAUAGUGCGAGAAAUCCACUUUCCUGUCUUUCCUUCUCGUUCCUCAAAAUCAAUUGAUGAUGAAGCCUCUCAGAGCUCUGCCCGAGGAGGCAGUAAUGGCGGAAAGGCUCAUCAGCGACGGAAUAUUAGGGUUUUGUCGAAAACCCUACCGACCGAGAGAACGGCUUGCCGAUACAGAGGCGUGAGGCAGAGAAAGUGGGGGAAAUGGGCUGCUGAAAUUAGAGACCCUUUCAAAAGAGCUCGAAUUUGGCUCGGAACUUAUAAUACUGCUGAAGAGGCUUCUAGGGCUUACGAAUCGAAGCGGCUCGAGUUCCAAGCUGCCAUGGCUGCCGCCCCCAAAGCUCCACCGCGGUUCAAAGCUUCUCAUCUACUAGGUUUUUGAACGUUGGAUCUGCGCUGUGCGGCGGAGUUGACGGUGAGGGAAGGGAGGGAGAGGAACCGGCGACGGGAAGGGGUGAGUUUCUUGUCCUUUUUGAAUGCCAUGUCAGCUUUCUUUUUUACCAAGUUAUUAUGCCAUGUCAACUUGUUGUCAAGCUGAAACUUGCCACAUCAGCUUGAGAUUCUAAUGUAAUUUCUUCUCUGUUUGAAGUUCAAUGACGUGGAAUAGGAAUUCGAAUGGAAAAUUUACAAUACCAUUAGAUAAUAAA